CUUGACGGUGUUUUUGCAUUUUACUACGAUGGAACUGAAAUAAAAAUCAGACAUGACUGGGUUAAGGAGUUAAUUGAGAAGAACACAACGGAGUGGCAAAUGGUUCUCCGAGAGUGUCGGGCAUACAAAUAUACACUGAAAAAAGACACCAAGGAUUUUAAUCAACACUCAAUCAAACCAGGAGGUAAUGUGAUCAUUCAGGAUAUUCAGAGCUGUGACUGGGAUGAUGAAACUGAUAAUGUUACUGGUCAUAUAAAGUACGGUGCUAAUGGAGAAGACUUCAUUACAUAUGAUAUGAACACAAUGACUUGGAUUGCAAUAAAUGCGAAUGCUGAAGCCAUUACGAAGGAAUGGGAUGGAAAUAAUAAGCGUAAUGAAGUUUGGAAGGACAUCCUCGAAAAAGAAUGCCCAAUGCAUUUAAAAUUGUUUGCAAUAUACGGAAAAGCAUACCUGAGCAGAAAAGUUCUUCCCUCAGUGUUUCUGCUCCAGAAGACUCCCUCCUCCCCAGUAACUUGUCAUUCAACGGGUUUCUUCCCUGAAAAAGCCAAUCUUUUCUGGAGGAAAGAUGGAGAGAAGAUUCGUGAAGGGGUAGAACAUGGAGGCAUUCUUCCCAAUCAUGAUGGAUCCUUCCAGAUGAGUGUCGAGCUGAAAGUGAUCUCAAUCCCACCAGAAGACUGGGGGAGAUACGAGUGUGUGUUUGAGCUCUCUGGUGUGCAGAAUUAUGUUGUAACCAAACUGGACCAAGACACAAUCAGAAGCAACAAUGCAAAAAGUUCAUUAACCACAACCGCCAUUGCUGUUAUUGCUACGAUGGGAUGUUUUAUCGUCAUCAUCAUUGUUGCCUUGGGAUCCAUCUCUUUCAAAAAGAUACAUUUGGCACACCGUACAGAGAGAUCUUCUGCAACAUACACUGUUUCGGUCACCGGCUCGGACGCCAGCUCUCUCUGA